AUGCAAGAAGCAGCCAACACAGUUUUUCCAGUGCACCUACAACUCACCUGUUUACAACACCAUGCAAGAAGCAGCCAACAUAAUUUUUACAAUGCACCUACAACUCACUCGUUUACAACACCAUGCAAGAAGCAGCCAACACAGUUUUUCCAAUGCACCUACAACUCGCCUGUUUACAACACCAUGCACGAAGCAGCCAACAAAAGUUUUACAAUGCACCUACAACUCACUUGUUUACAACACAAUGCAAGAAGCAGCCAACACAGUUUUUCCAAUGCACCUACAACACACUUGUUUACAACACCUUGCAAGAAACAGCCAACACAGUUUUUCCAAUGCACUUACAACUCACCUGUUUAUAACACCAUGCAAGAAGCAGCCAACAAAGUUUUCCCAAUGCACCUACAACUCACUUGUUUACAACACCAUGCAAGAAGCAGCCAACACAGUUUUUCCAAUGCAACUAUACAACUCGCCUGUUUACAACACAGUGCCAGUAACAACCAACAAAGUUUUCCCAAUGCACCUACAACUCACUUGUUUACAACACAGUGCCGAAAGACAGAGUAUACAAUGGGAUUUACAGUUUAUACUACAGUAUUUUCAAUUUUACUUAUGCUUCAUCCUGGCUAUUGUAAGCCUUCGCCCGGCAAAGCUAGAAGUGAAGUUUGUCUCCGAGUUCCAGUUUUUGUCAACGACUGUUAUGCAGAAUCAUUGAAACAUCCAAUAUCUCAGAAAUCCGCUAAAAUAGACUGUCUUCAACGAUUGCUAUGGUUAUACGAACCGAACCAAAAGCUUACAACCAAGGAUCUCCGCUAUUUUUCGAUAAUAUCUAAAACAAAUGUUGUAAAAGGUAUUCCGCAGCCUAAAACAGGGUUUCGAACCAGGAAAGAAUACAGGCAAUACACAGACAAGGAAAGACAUCGAUUACACAAUGCAUUUGUGAAACUGUACAAGAAAGGCGUUUUGCUAAAAUAUGCAUUGCUUCACAAGGAGGCGGUAAAAACUGUACAUGGUGGCGCUUCAUUCCUGGCUUGGAACAGAGUAUUCCUUGCAAUGUUUGAAGAUGAACUUCGACUUGAAGACAAAACUGUGAGUCUGCCUUAUUUGGACGUAUCGCUGGAAGAUAUGAUGGACAAUCCGGCCAACUCUAUCCUUUGGUCUAAAGAGUUUGCCGGAAACGGCUAUGGCGAUGUUGUAACUGGACCAUUUGCAAAGUGGAAAACAUCUCGGGGUAACCUAUGGAGAGAAUACGCCAGUAACACGAGGGGGAAACUAACUGGCGACGAUACGAUCCACAGAAUUCUUACUCGGUGCAACACAGAUGAUAUUGUGUUUCCACUGCGAAAUCUAACAAACAAAGAAGAAAUGGAUUAUGUUAUGGAGUUCCACUUCAACGGCGUUCUUAACUGGGUUGGUGGCGACAUUUCUGACAGACACUUUGCAGCUUUUGACCCAGUUUUUUACAUGUACCUCGCCUUUGUUGAUUUGUUAUGGCACAAAUUUCGUCUGCGUCAGAAACUCUCCUGUGGAAUUAAUCCGGAAACAGCAUAUGCUGUAAAUACUGGAGGACCAGGGCAUGACCCAAACGACCCUAUGUAUGGAUUCAACGGAUUAAAGAAUGCAGACGGUCUAAGAAGUUACUGGACUGAUUCGUGGUACAAUUAUGCGAAAAGACCGCAUUGCCCCAACUGUGGAUCGAACUAUCUGUAUUGCCACCAGAUCAAGAAUGUCUGCGUCAGUCAUUCUCGAAGAACUGACUACAACAAUGGUCGAUACAGAUUGAAAAACUCGUUUAUUGAUACCUUUGGACUCAUGGCAGAACCUUUUGAGCCAGAAGGGAGCUUUGUACCAAAACGCAUUGUCAGUAGAUUACUACCCUCACCACAAAGUGAUGGUAGAACAAGAGCGUCGGCAAAACAUGACGCGGAAAAAGCAGCUGCACUUGACCGCUCUGUAGCGAGCGCUAUCGAAAUUUCUCCUUCUAUUUGGAAACAAAACAUACCCACACAAAAUUACUUUAUUCCAGAUCUAAAUGCACGAAAUAAAUACAAGCCAGCUUUGCAGCCACAAAAUAACAAAAUACAAGCUUUAAACGCACAAAAUAACAACUUACCAACUUCACAGAUACAAAAUAAAAAUAGACUACUUUCACAUGGACCAAAAAACAAUAAUCCAGUUUUACACAAACAAAAUGAAAAUAUACAUCUUUUAAAAGCACCAAAUAAUAAUGUGCCAGCUCUGAACGCACAAAUUAACAAUAUACCAGUUUCACACGCACAAAAUACCAAAAUACCAGUUUUAAACGCACAUAUACCACUUUUACACGCACAAAACAGUAAAACGCCAGACGUACACGCACGAAAUGGCAAUAUACCAGCUUUACACCCACAAAAUAGCAAAAUGGCAGUUUUGCGCGUACGAAAUAAUAAUAUACCAGAUUUACAGGCACAAAAUCAAAAUAAACUACUUUUACAUGCACCAAAUAAUAAUACACGAGCUUUCCACAAACAAAACAAGGCUACACAACGUUUAAAUGUAACAAAUAACAAAAAACAAGCUGUGCAUGCACCACGCAGCAAUAAACAAACUUUACGCGCACCAAAUAACAACAAACAUGCUAUAUAUGAACAAAAUAUAAAUAUACAAUCUUCAAAUGCAUCAAGUAACAAUAUACGAGAUUUACUCAAACAAAAUAAAAAUACGCAACGUUUAAAUGCACCAAAUCACAAUAAACCAUUUCUACAUGCAGCACGUAGCAAUAAACAAAAUUUACGCGCACCAAAUAAACAAGCUAUACAUGAACAAAACAUAAAUAUACAAUCUUUAAAUACACCAAGUUACAAUAUACGAUCUUUACACAAACAAAGUAAAAUUAUGCAACCUUUAAAUGCACCAAAUAACAAUAAACCAUUUACGCAUGAAGCACGAGGCAAUAGACAAAAUUUACGCGCACAAAAUAACAAUAUACCAACUUCAUACAAACAAAACAAAAAUACGCAAUCUUUAAAUGCACCAAGUAACAGUAUACGACCUUUACACAAACAAAACAAAAAUACGCAACGUUUAAAUGCACCAAAUAACAAUAAACUGGCUCUACUUGCACCACGUAGCAAUAUACGAGCUUUACACAAACAAAUUAAAAAUGCACAACAUUUAAAUGCCCUAAAUAAUAAUAAACCAGCUUUAAACGCAAAAAAUAAUCGUCCAGCCUCUGGAAAAGCAACUACCCAUCGUCCAACUACUUUAAAGACUGCUACCCAUCGUCCAACUUCUGGAAAAGCAACUACCUAUCGCCCAACUUCUGGAAAAAUAACAACCCGUCGUCCAACUUCUGGAAAAGCAAUAACCCAUCGUCCAGCUUUUGGAACUUUACCUACUUAUCGCUCAACUUCUGCAAAAGCAAUAACCCAUCGUCCAACUUCUGGAACUGCACCUACUUAUCGCCCAACUUCUGGAAAAGCAAUAACCCAUCGUCCAACUUCUGGAACUGCACCUACUUAUCGCCCAACUUCUGGAAAAGCAAUAACCCAUCGUCCAACUUCUGGAACUGCACCUACUUAUCGCCCAACUUCUGGAAAAGCAAUAACCCAUCGUCCAACUUCUGGAACUGCACCUACUUAUCGCCCAACUUCUGGAAAAGCAAUAACCCAUCGUCCAACUUCUGGAACUGCACCUACUUAUCGCCCAACUUCUGGAAAAGAAACAUCUCACCGUCCAGCUCCAACACAAAAUUCAACUAAUAGUCCAACUACUGCAAAAACGGCUACCCAUGAUCCAACUACUGUAAAAACGGCUACCCAUAGUCCAACUUCUGGAAAAGCAACUACCUAUCGUCCAACUUCUGGAACUGCACUUACUCAUCGUACAGCUUCUGGCAAAGCAACAUCUCAUCGUCCAGCUUCUGCACAAAUGGCUACUUAUAGUCAAACUACUGUAAAAACGGCUACCCAUAGUCCAACUUCUGGAAAAGCAACUUCUCAUCGUCCAACAUCUGGAAAAGCAACUACCUAUCGCCCAACUUUUGGAAAAAUAGCUACCUACCGCCCAACCUUUGGAAAAGCAACUACUCAUCGUCCAACUUCUGGAAAAGCAACUACCUAUCGCCCAACUUCUGGAAAAGCAACUACCUAUCGCCCAACUUCUGGAAAAGCAACUACCUAUCGCCCAACUUCUGGAAAAGCCACAACCCAUCGUCCAACUUUUGGAACUGCACCUACUUAUCGCUCAACUUCUGGAAAAGCAACAUCUCAUCGUCCAGCUCCAUCACAAACUUCAACUAAUAGUCCAACUACUGUAAAAACGGCUACCCAUGGUCCAACUACUGUAAAAACGGCUACCCAUAGUCAAACUUCUGGAAAAGCAACUUCUCAUAGUCCAACUUCUGGAAAAGCUACUACCUACCGUCCAACUUCUGGAACUGCAUCUACUCAUCGUCCAACUUCUGGAAAAGUAACAUCUCAUCGUCCAGCUUCUAGACAACCGGCUAAUAGUCCAACUACUGUGAGAACGGCUACCCAUAGUCCAACUUCCGGAAAAGCAACUACCUAUCGCCAAACCCGUCCAGCUUCUGGAAAAGCAACAACCCAUCUUCCAACUUCUGGAAACGUAACAACCCAUCGUCCAACUUCUGGAAACGUAACAACCCAUCAUCCAACUUCUGGAAAAGCAACAACCCGUCGUCCAACUUCUGCAAACGUAACAACCCAUGUUCCAACUUCUGGGAACGUAACAACCAAUCGUCAAACUUCUGGAAAAGCAACAACCCAUCUUCCAACUUCUGGAACCGUAACAACCCAGCGUCCAACUUCUGGAAACGUAACAACCCAUCCUCCAACUUCUGAAAAAGCAACAACCCAUCUUCCUACUUCUGGAAACGUAACAAAGCAUCGUCCAACUUCUGGAGAAGCAACAACCCAUCUUCCAGCUUCUGGAAAAGCAACAACCCAUCUUCCAACUUCUGGAAACGUAACAAACCAUCGUCCAACUUCUGGAAAAGCAACAACCCAUCUUCCAACUUCUGGAAAGGCAACAACCCAUCUUCAAACUUCUGGAAACGUAACAAACCAUCGUCCAACUUCUGGAAACGUAACAGCUCAUCUUCCAACUUCUGGAAAAGCAACAACCCAUCUUCCAACUUCUGGAAACGUAACAAACCAUCGUCCAAAUACUGGAAAAGCAACAACCCAUCGUCCAGUUUCUGCACAAAAUACAACUUAUAGUCAAACUUCUGGAAAGACUGCUUCUCAUCGUUCAGCGGCUACUAAAGAAGUUAAUAGUGCUCACAAUUUUCCGUUUCUUCACAAUAAAGCUUCACGCAGAAGUGAAUAUAUGGUAUUGUUUUAGCUUUUUUUCUACUUUGAUUUCUUAAUUUUGUGUAACAUUCUUUUUUCUACUUUGGUUUCAUAAUUUUCUGAGAUAUUUUGAAAACUAUUUUUUAGUGUUUAUAUAUGAUCUAGGUAAAUGCCCCAAUUCUUUUUUUAUACAAAUAAUUCUCAUUUAUAAGUUUUAGAUAAUUUUUGCCUGAACUGCAAAUUUAUAUGAAGCUUAAAUGCCCCACAUCCCCAUUUUAAUACAGAUAUUUCUCUUUUGACAUAACUAAGUCUUAACUGCAAGUUUGUAGAAUUAUAAUGUUUGCAAUUUUAUUUACAUUUAUAUAAAUGCCCAGUUUCAUUGCACUUUUGACUUUAUACUAUUGAACCGACUGUUUAUCUGUGGGUAAUAAUAAUAUCUUAAUUCUUAACAUGGCUGCAACAACAUGAUGACAUAUAGGUAUAAAAUACAUAUUAUAUUUUCCCAUAAGAAACUAAGAAUGUCACAUGUGUGACAUCACAUAUAAGCACUUACCUGACAGACCAUUGUCUUUGAAUAGAGACCGGCGCUUUUCAAGCUGGAUUUUGACAUUUUUAGAAUUAUUAUACGUGUCAAAUGUUUUGAUAUCACAUAGACAGUAACGUUGUCGUGUUACUAAUUUCAUUCACCAGAUGUCAUUUUUGCCGAGUCCAGGCUUUAUUCUACGUUUCCCGGAUAAAUAACGAUACGCCAUUACUUCCGGUAAAGCAAACAUGCAGAAUUACCUUAAAUUGAUUCAAUACCAAGAUCCAUCUACGUUCAUCUUCCAUGAUAACAUUAUUCAUAUUUUCAUUUUAAAUCAGUACAUUUUCUUUUAUCAUAGUCAUACUUAUUAACAUGCUGCCAACGUAAAUGUUUUCAUAUAAUGAAAAUAUAGUUAUUUAUUCUUUAAAUUGAUACUAAUUUAAUUUCCUUUGC